GUAUGUAUCUAUCUAUCUAUCUAUCUCUAUCUAUCAUAAAUAUAAACAUAGGUAAAUGUCACAGUGUGAUAAAAACAGUUUGGAGUUAACUUUCUUCAUCUAAUAGAAUUACAAUCACUUAAGCUUUCAGGAACACCCCUGGAGAAUUAUUUCCCUCAAAUGACUCAAUUUCUUUUUGACCCAAGCUAUAUACACCUAAUCAGUUGUCAUUGAGCCUUUGCUUGAAGGCUUCCAGUGAGGGGGAACCCUGGCCCCCUCUUUGGACUCCCCAACACUUGCUGUUAUGUGAUACCCCAGUUGCAACUUCCUUGCCCCAACUAAAGAUCAUAAUUUUUGCUACGUUGGCUGCCUUCUCUUUAAUUCAGGUUGACAGACUAUGGAUUUAAUAUUUAAUAUUUUGAGUUAUAUUCCAUUUCAUUCCCUAGAUAAAAUUACAGCCCAGUUUGAAGAUGUGGAUAUAGUUGUAACUGAAGAUAGGAGGAAUGGGAAUUAACCUUUUAGAAAAGCUAUCCUGUGCACAUACCAAAGAGGUUCUGAAGAAAUCACUGGGCUGCUGGCUCAAGUAAGAGCACAAUGGUGGGCAAAUGAGGUAUAGCACUCCAUUGCUGGAUAAUCAGUACAGUGACAUGCUUCCUUUCUAUAGACUUAAGACAAACAGUAGAUUGCUUGAUUUUUGACUGCUUAGAAUGCCACACGUGUCAUAGGUGUCAUACUAUGAUUCAAGGUAUUUGAAGGAUUGACACAUGAAAGAUGGUUAAACUUGUUCUGCUUGGACCAAGAAGGUAGAAUUAGGAGAAAUGGAUGGGACUUAUAGAGAAAUUGGCAAUAAGGAAAAACUACCUCAUAAUUAGAUCUACCCAAAAGAAGAAUGGGUUGCUUUGAGAGGCAUUGGGUUCCCCCUUACUGGAAGUCUUGAAGCAAAGACUGGAUGACCACUUUGGGAGACACUGUAGGGGAGAUUCUUGUUCAGGGGGGCUGGAGUCGAUGGCCUUUUGAGGUCCCUGCAACUCAGAGAUUCUCUGAACUAAGAUGUGUUUCCAACAAAGGCAGUAGUAAUUCAAUUUGAUUAUUGGUGUCAUAGAACCGUGGAUUUAGAGACUAAAGGAACCUUUCAGUCCAACUCCUAAUUUUACAAAAUUUACAGAAGAAAUUGAGGCUCAGGAUCCACUGAUUUUCCGUCACAGGGCUGAGUCUGGGAGCAAUUUGAAAUUGGCAGAAGCACCUGCAAGAGGUGUGCCAGAUUAAUUGAACAACAAAUCUUUACUGAGUAUCUAUUAUGUUAUCUAAAUCAGAGCUAGGUUUUGUGGGAGGUACAGGAACAGAAGCAUAAGAUGAAAUCCUUGCUUUCCUGGAGCUGACAAUCUCUCUGGGCAACACUAUGAAACAAUUAGAAAACAAAACAUUUAGACUGUAAUUUCCUGGAAAACAGGAACUGUCAUAUUUAAUUUUGUAUCUUGAUCAGCACUUAGCCCAGAGCCCUAUGUACAGAAGGCAGCCAAUAAAUGUUUUAUUCAAUAAAUGAAUGGGUUCCUGGAUUACUGGGGUACACUCGGACCUCAGUUUCCUGCUCUGUAAGAAAAGUGGGCUGGACUAGAUCUCCUGUGGUCCCUUCCAGCUCUAAGUUAUGAUCAUUCCUCAUUUUACAGAUGAGAAAAGCAAAGUCGUUGUGAGAAAAGCACGUUGGAAAUGAUUAUUAUAUUAUUAUUACUAUUAUUAUUAUGAAUGAGUUACUGUUACUACAAUUAUGAAGAGGCAGUGAGUCAAAAUGCAAACUCAGAGUGUGCCUCUGGCACAUGCUUACUGGUAAGGCUGUGCUACCCUGGGCAAUUCAUUUAACCUCUCCCUGCCUCGGGCUUCUCUGGAGACUGAAAGCUAGAGUGCAUGUGCUGAUCAGCACUGGCUGAGAGAUUUUCCUUGACAGAUUCCCCAAACCAAAGAAAUCACGCGCCCAGCAAGGAAAUAUCAAAAAUGCCAGAGAAAGGAAGGAAGGUGCCCAGGUUCCUUAGUCAGUUGCAGAGGUGAGACUAGCACCCUAGGCUCCUGACCCCUAAGCUAGCCUGCCCGCCCUGCAUUUAAUUGUAAUCUUGAACAGGUAACCUUUAGUUCUUUUCUGCUGCUCCUUUCCUGAGAACUCGUCGGCAUCUGAUGCUGCGUGUGCGGAUUCAGCGUUAACUCUUAAGUCAGGGGAGAUCUGCCUUGGGAAGGGGAGGAGUGUCUUUUGAUUCCUGGGUGAUGAUUCCUCAGCGGUACUCAGUCACAGUACGUAGUACACAGUACACAGCCACAGAGCACUGGAAACAGCUGGGGACUUCCCGGACCCCACCUCCACUUAAUGAGGGGGAUCUAUUUCGAUGCAAUCUGUAGAAACUUUCGGUUGGUCAGAGAGGGAUGGGUUAGCAGCUCCGCCUGAGUGCUCUGUGCAUCGCUAUGACGGGGCCCUGGGGAGAUGCAGGGGAGACGAGCAAAAUACAGGGAAGUUGGGCCGACUGGUUCUCCAGGCUUUCGGAAGUUCCUGGACGUCUUCGCUCAGCUUCACUUCUCCCCUUCCCCAGCCAUAGCACCAGAACCGCGGGGCGGGUGGGCCCUUAGUUAGGAUCUUGCUGGCGGCACCUGUGCUCUUCUCGGGGCGGAGUCCCAAGUCCCGCCAGUGCCUGGGGGUAGCUUCUCAGGAACCGUGGGGGCAGCGCACGCACCGCUCCCCUCGGGCUUGGUCAGAGGCAGGCUGGCGCGGACCGUGGCCGGGACAAAGAACGGCACCCUAACCAACGAGCUCAGUGCCAUGUCGCUGUGCUGCGCUCGGUGGCGGCCGGCGCCCAGCGGCCCGGGCAGGAGGCGGUGCGCCCUAGCGGCAGUGCUGUUAGCGUUGUCAGCUCUGCUGUGGCUGGGUGUCGCGCCACCGGGGCUCGCUCGCCUGCCCCAGGGACCCCGCCGGCCGGCUGGUACCAACGCAUCCGUGCGCCUUGAUCCCGGUCCGGAGCUGGAGGGUGGCGACGAUGGAGAGGCCAUGAGGACCGUGUGGUGUGCCUCAUCGCAGCCCCAGGUCCUUCCUCGGCUGCCCAAAGAGGCACGCUUUCGCGCCUUCCUUCGCCACAGCCACUGUCGCUAUUUCCCUCUGCUCAGAGACCACCCGGACAAGUGCGGAGGUCGGGUGCGGCUGCUGCUGGCCGUCAAGUCGGCACCCGAGCACGGCGAGCGGCGAGAGGCUGUGAGGCGCACGUGGGGCCGAGAACUGACGGGGCCCGGCUCCGGCUCCGCCUCGGACGCCGCAGCCGUGCGCACCGUGUUCUUGCUGGGUAGAGGAGCGGCCGAAGAGGGGCCCAGCGGGGAGGCGCUUCGCCAGCGGCUGGAGCAGGAGGACCGGGCGCACGGGGAUCUGCUGCGCUGGGACUUCAGUGACACCUUUUAUAACCUCACGCUGAAGGCUGUCAAUUUCCUGCGCUGGUUCCAGCGCCGCUGCCCCAGCGUGGAAUUCGUGUUCCAGGGUGACGAUGAUGUGUUUGUACAUCCCGCCAAUUUGCUGGAAUUCCUACGCUCCCGACAGGGCGACCCUAGGCUGUCUCAGCUCUUUGUUGGGGACGUGAUUCGACGGGCCUGGCCUAUUCGCAACCAGCACAGCAAGUAUUACAUCCCACCCGAGCUCUUCAACCAGCCUUACCCACCCUACGCUGGAGGGGGUGGCAUCCUCAUGGCAGCCCCACUGGUUCGGCGCCUGCUGCCAGUCUCGGAGUAUCUUCCCCUGUUCCCCAUAGACGAUGUGUUCCUGGGCAUGUGCCUGAAGAGGCUUGGAGUCGUGCCUCAGGCUCACCCAGGCUUCCGUACUUUCGGCAUUCACCGGACCCGCACCAAUCACAUGAACUGGGAUCCCUGCUUUUACCGGGAACUGCUCAUGGUGCACCAGCUGGGGCCCCCUGCCCUCAUCAACAUGUGGGAGGCUGUGCACAGCAAAAACCUGCACUGUGCCAAGACUGCCAGCUUCCUCUGAGUCUCUUGCCACCCAAAGGGAGUCUCCCUGUCCUAUUUUGUCUCUACCUCAGUUCUUUGCAGGUAGAGUGUGACAACCAGUAGAAUUACUGACUUAGGUAUCAGAGGGCCUGGAUUCCAAAUCUCCCCUCUGAUUUCUCCUAAUCCUCUUCUCUGGGCCUGAGUUUCCAUACUGACAGAAUAAGGGCUUGGACUAGAGUCUAAAUCUGGGAUCAAGCAUCCUUUGAUGCUACCCCAUUCUCGGGCCAGUUCUGACCCCAACCCUUAAACACCUGAGGCUAGGAGAGACUUGUUUUGUAAAAUCGUACUUUGGGGGAGGAAGUGAGUAUUUGUCAGCCUACCUCAGCAGGGCUGCUUUCAGGGGCUGGAAAAGGCUGGGGCAGGACUGAAGAGCAGUAUAGACCCUUACAAUUGGAAGCACCAUCGGGUAGCUGAAUGAACACUAUUUGGAGACUGAGGACCUGGUUUCCGUUUUAGCUCUGCCACAUACCUGCUGUGAGACGUUGGGAAAGUCACAUCUUUCUGAGCCUCAGUUUCCUAGAUACUAAAUGGGACAGCAAUAUUUACUCUGCCUACCUCAUAGGAAUUGUUGAGAGAAUCUGAUGAGGUAACUGAGUGAAAAGUGCUUUGUAACCAUAGACACACAAAAUGGAUGAUAAAGUUUUUCCUAGGCCCAUGCCAAAAGAGCAGGGACUGAGAUGCCCAAAACAUAAUAGAAGGUAUCUCUUGAGAGCCUUCUCUUCAAACAGAUGGAGGAGACAGCCCCUAAAUCAGCUCAGUUUCCUUCUGCUCUAACAGGGGAGAUGCUCCAGGUUACUUAUGGACAGAUAAAAAGUAGGCAGUUUUUCAGCCCCACUAAAGCUGUCCUGUUGGAAGAAAAAGCUUAAAGGUUCACAUCCGAUGUAGCUAACAGAUAUUUCCCUCAGGCAAGAACAGGCUAUAUGUCCAGAGGGGAAGAGAGUUGGAAUUCACCAGCACAGUUCCAGUGAUGCUGUCAGGAAAUGGUGAAAGUUGAGUCUUUGUUUUAGGAUAGGCCCAGGAUAUCAAGGGUUAAUCUUCCCCUUCCUUUCAGUUGAAAAAUCUAAACCACAGUCAGCCACAAUUUCAGGCCUAAUCACUGACAUGCAAUAAAUCACUGAUCUUAUUUGCUUGGAGAUGUCACCAUGGUGGCAGGGCAUGCUGUGGUUUCAAACACACCCACUCAUGUGUUGGAAGCAGAGUUCUGGUGGGUAUACCACAGGGUUGAAGAGAAAGCAAAAAAUAUAUAAGAAUGAAUUAAACUUUCCAAAGCCCUCAGCAUCCUGCCA